CAGUGGAAUAAACUGAGAGCGCAUCCAAACUUGGGUCUACAACUACACAGAUCAAUCUUUGGUCUUCUCGUCUAUACUCUCCACCCUCGCCAUCCUCAUCGCCGGAAGACCGCAGGCCACCUUCAGACCGAGGCGAAACCUUUUACCAGCCAUGGCGAACCAAGGAGCGAAAAAGCGCAAAGAGGAAAAUGCCCGCCAUAUGAAAACUCUUCUCCGUCUCAUCAUUGCCUCCAAUGCGAUAUAUCUAUUGCUAAGGAUUGGUGUAUUCUACUCCAGUUUCACAUGGAAGCAUUUGGUGGGCCUAAUUUUAACUUCGUUGGCUUACUUUAUUCCUUACCAACAGCUUGACUCCAUGGCCAAGCCCACUUUUACUGAUGAUGGAGAGCUUCUUGAUGGCGGAUUUGAUAUGAGCACUGGUGGAAUUUGUGGAUAUCUGCAUGAUGUGAUCUACAUUACAUUGUUUGUCCAACUCAGUUCCAUCAUUUCUGAGAAGUUCUGGUACAUAUACUUGGUGAUUCCAGGAUUUGCUGCCUAUCAACUAUUUGGGCUUGUCAAAGGGUUUUUGUCACAUAGUUCAGAGGGGGCCGAGGAAGAUGAAAAGACGAGGAAGAAGAGAGAAAAAAUGGAGAAGAGGGCUUCAAGAACCAAAUUUGUCAAGACUCGGACAAGAUAAUGUGAACUUGAGCAGGUCAAACGAUGAUUUACUAAUCGACUGUCUGCAACAUACAAGUAUAAUGAGAUGCACUCUCAAGGAUAUCAUGUACCCCACAUUUUGUUGUACUAAAUGAUCUUUUAGAUUGAUUUGUUUGGCUGUGAACAGCAAAACCAUAGGCUUAUUGAGAAUUGGGUAGUCAUAAUGUUAUUUUUCCGAAUGUAUGGAACCCUNCUGCAUAUGGACUUUUUUU